CCUCCCCGCAACCACAUCCUAAACAAGCACCCAUCAACAAACGUGCUAUCGCUACCACAAUGCACGUCUUACUAGCUGAAGACAACGAUGUUAACCAACGCCUGUGCAAGAAAUGGUUCCACAGAAUUGGUUGCUCGUACGCAAUCGUGAAUAAUGGCCGUGAGGCCCUGGAAUACCUCACAAGUCCGCCUGAAAUGUGCCAGCCCCCAGAUCUUAUCCUAAUGGAUGUCUCCAUGCCUGUCAUAAGCGGCAUCGAAGCCACAGCUAUCAUCCGAAACGAGCUUCCAAUCACCCAUGACCACAAGUUCAGGUCAAUUCCUAUCAUCGGUCUUGCCGCUCACAUGGGCAUGGCGGUUUCGAGGUAUCCAUUGAUCGCGGUCGGAAUGAACGACGUCCUCCCUAAACCUAUCAGACUUGGGCCUCUCACCCAGCUCCUCUUGCAGUACUCUCGGUUUGAGCCUGUUCCUGUGGGCCCUGGGGCCUCUCAGGCAAGAAUGGCGCCGGCUUGGGGUCCGAUGCCGAUGAGGAGGUUUCCUGGACCGAAGUCUCGUCUUUAGAUGUUGGGUCUGCGUGUUUGGGUUAUUUUAAUCCUGGCGCUUUACAAGGUGUUUAUCGGAGUUUUGGGAGUACUAGACUCUAAGAGUGAGAGUAUUCAAUGUUGUUGAACCUCCUUUUUCUCGAUUUUGAAAUCACCAUAUAAUCUUUGAG